AUGAGUCGCUGGAUAAGUGGUUGCGAGCGUGGCAGUGUGAGUAGUGCGGAGUGGUUGCAGUACGAGCGGGCGGGCGAGUGGCGGCGCGCGCGGGCGUCGGCGACGGAGGCGGCGCGCGCGGCGGCCCGCCUGCGCGAGCUGCUCACGGAGCUCGGCGCGCUGCGGCGCCGCGUGCGGGGGACCGACCGCGCGCGCUUCGACGCGCUCACGCAGCGCUCGCGGGACGCCACGCUGCGCGCCGUGCGGGACUACCUCGGCAGCGCCCCGCAGCCGAUAGCUCGGGGCAGCCCGGACGCGGCGCCGUUGGCGGCCAGCGCGGUGUCCACGGAGUCGGUGGGGGUGGUGGCGCACGCCCAGCCCGGGGCCGACCUGCUGGCCGGAGAUAUACAACUCUACGUCGAUGAACAGGAAAUCAACCUGCAAGAACGUGAAGCCUUGCUCCGCGGCUGUAGCGAGUUGCAGGCAGAGCUACUCGCGCUGCACCAGGUCUGGGAAGACACGCAGCGCGCCGCCCUCGCCCAGCGGGACCAGGUGGCGGCGGCGGAGUCCAGCGUGGCGGUGGCCGCCGACAACGUCAGCGCCGCGCGACAACACCUCGCGGCCGGGGAGAGGUUGCGCGCGGGGGCGUGGGGCGCGGGUGGGGCGGCGCUGGGGCUGGUGGCGGCGGGGCCCGUGGGGCUCGUUGUGGGGGCCAAGGCGGGGGCCGUGGCAGCCGCCGCGGGGUCCGUGCUGGGGUACCUGGGGGCCCGCCUGCUGGCGCGGCGCCGCGACCAGGCCGCGGUCGACCCCGCCGCCGACAAGGCGGACUAGUGCCCAGUGCCCGUGUCUUACUGUGACUGUGACACUUCAACAGCGUAUCUACUGCCACAGCCUCACACACUUGUAACGUGUAACACCAAGUUUUGAGAAUAUAUGGCAGUAGACUAGACCCUCAUCAAACGCUUCAUGAUCGCCAAGUAUUGGGUGCCAUCCAAUACCGAGUUCAUUAUUUUCAUUUUAAAUUAUAUUCAGAAUUCAGAAUCGUCAGUAGACACCGAUCAUGGUUGUGCAGCCUCUUUCUACCUCUGGGGAAGGACAGACGUGAUAUUAUGUAAUGUAAGCAAUAGUCGAAAUAUUGAAUCUAAAGAGAUGUGGCCCAGUGUCGCCCCCUGUGGGGCAGGGCGUCUUAUGUGUAAGCUAUUCCCGGAUAACGUUGUACAAAUAGAUCAAUAUAUUAUGUUAGAAAGAGAUAACAAAUGUAUAGAUAGAUGUUAUGUGUAAAUACAUUGUACAAUAAUAAUAUAUUUUUGUUACUUGA